AUGGUUAAAAUAAAAGAACUAACAGAUUUUGAACGUGAAAAGGUUAUCGGUUAUUAUGAAGCUGGCGAUACUGAAAAAGCUAUUUCAGAAAAAACAGGCUAUGGAAAAACUACUAUCCACAAUAUAAUAAUAAAAUAUCAUAAAACAGGUGCUAUUACUGUUGCUCCUCGAAGUAGUCGUCUAAAGAAGCUGACUGUAAGGGAUAUACGUCAUCUUAAGGCUAUUAUUACCAAAAACUGA